GACCUGUGAACUAUUCCAGCCUGUUGAAACAAAACCAUGGCACAGUCAAGAUUAGGGUUUGAGUCCCAAUUCAAUCUGCCGAUUCCAGCUUGCAAAAUCGGGCUGUUUCGGCGAUGUUUUAGAGCAACAAUGGAGUCCACAGUCCAGAUUAGGGUUUCCGUUUGCAUGAAAGCCAGUCUUCAUCAAACUCCAUGCAACAGAGGCUGGAGCUCCCUCUGGACUGCAUUGCAGAGCAACAAAUUCGGCGAGAAACUGUGCGAAAACACACUACGUGGGUCCAUGCGCAAACAUUCGAUUGUGCUCAUUGCGACUUCCGCAUGGAUCCGUGAACAAAGCUGAGCAACAAUGCACAAUUGGCAAUGUGUUGUUGUGAAGUGUAAGUUGUAACCGGGUCUUUUGCACAAGCGAUGGCGGUAACUGCGCUUCGACUGGAUGACCAAACAGGAGGUCGACGUUGAUGUCGAACUGCGAUUGCAAAGCUGCUUGCGGAGCGUGCCAUUUGAUAAAACCCAUGUGGGUGAAUUUACAACGUUGGAGAAGAGAGCGACAUGGGUUUGUGGAUUGCGUUGCUGGUGAAAACUGACGUGGAAAGUCUCGGGAAGUGGAGGAUUGAGGGAUGUCGAUGAGCCCUGACAUGUGGGCCAUCACCCAUCUGAGUGUUUGUACCAGGAAAGUGUCCCGUCCGGUGUGUGCAAAUGCGUAUAUGGGAGUGAAAGAGUGUGAGAGAAUGUGCAACAAGUUACUCUGCACCAACUCCCCUGUCUUGUUGCAGUGCCAGCGAGUGUGACUGGCAUUUACGCGAAGGGGCAUGUUCUAGUGCAACACCUCUUGCCUCACAGCUGAAAAGUUUCACUUCCAACUCCCACCAGGAGCUCAAUCCCACUGAUUGCAUGUAAUCGUCGCUGAGGAUGCGUCCGAAGCCCUUCUUGAACUAGAUUCUUUCCAUCUAAGCGAAAGUGCUGAAAUUCCAUUGACCGCAUCUUAUCGAUCAGUGAAGUCGCCUGAUUAUUCAUGGAAAGUGAGCACUUCUCUUCAACUCGGAUUAUGGAAUGGAAGAUCACCAUUGGGUUACAACUCUUACAUGAGCUGUGCUGCAUCAUUCCGGAGCAUAUGUCACUGUUAGCCAAGGUGCCCUGAUCAACUGAGAUGAGCUCCUAAGAAUCUCUAGAACGAGAGAUUUAGGGUUUGAUACCCUCCAGCCUUUCAGAUGACGAUGGAGAGGAGUCAACGAGGAACGCAUGAAAGUGCACGGUAAACUGUAAGAAUUGGCCAUGAAGUGAUUAUGCGAAUAAACUUGCAUGUAGUCUCAAGGGACGUGGAUUGAACUAGGAGCUCGAAUUCAUGAUGUGGGCCGGAAAACACUAAUCGCGAAAUCGAGGAGGCGGUCUCCGCACCCCACACCAUAGAAAUGUGUUCUGUAGAUAAGCAGCGACAAUUUCAGAACCUCAGCGCAUGAGGCAAUGGUAUUCAAGGGCGACGACCGGCUCAGAGUCACUACCUCGGCGACAGGACACCCAUUGCACGCAUUUGAGCGCGGCGAGGAGCAGCUCCGUAAGGAAAUGGAGGGGUCGAAAACGUCGCAGAAGAACUUGAAACAUGUCAGAACUACGGCGAAGGAGUUAUCACCAGGUGGCGCGAAAGGUACCUCGUUCGUGUUUCAGAAGCGCCUGGCGAGAAUUGACUGGAGCAGUUUGCAAAACAUCGACAUCGAUCGCACAAUUCGCGAAGCUGACAUAGACACAUUGGAGACAGUGCUUCACACGAUUGCAUUUGGGAACAUUCAAGGAGAGGACAGACGCAAUUUGACGGAUGCUAACUUGGUCAAGAUUUUCCGCCUCGCACAAUUGCUGGUGGAAUAUCUGCUUCAUGUCCAAGACUUGUUGGCAGACCAAAACACUGAGCUCCUUCGGGUAAACUAUAUUGCGCAGCAAAAAAAUGAGAGGGUUCGAAAUCUUUUCUUGUGGCAUAGAAAUGUCCUGUUGCAAACUCGCCAUGAACUAAAACUAGCCAAGAAGACCUUGAAAAAACACGAGCUUAUGUCGAAAACUCAGGGCAAGAACCAAAUUCAGACCUCUCAGAUCAACCAGCCACAGGUGAAGGCAGAGAUGAGCUUGGCUGAAUGGGCACAGAUUCAACGACUUCGUGCGCAACACCAGGUAGACGAUCAGCGCAAGGAAAAUCAGAAGCUAAAGGGAGUCAUGUCCGAUGUAAACAUGGCCAUGGGCAACAAAUAUAAUGAGGAAAAUUCGGGAGUUUAUGCCCCAUCAUCGGUUUCUCCUUCGGUGUACUCAUACGCAAUUUGUUCCCCAGGGGUCCAUUCCCAAACUCGGCCUAAACCUCCUCGACCACUAGCUUUGGAACUACUUGAAAUACAAGAGGAUAGGACAAAGGACGAUAUGGUCUACAUGUUUCCCGAGCGCAUCCUUGCCACACGUGAAGCAAAGAAACCUGCUAACGAACUCUCUAAUGUCGAGAAGGAACCCAUUACAUUCUCGAUGUAUAAAAAAAAACGAGCCCCCUCUCCAGGAGAGCGGUGUACAAAAGAUACUCGUAAGGAUGGGGCACUUCUUGCCUUGGCCCACCCUACGUUUGGGAGACGAGGGACGAAGGCAGUAUCUUCACAUGAAGAGCCAAGCAAGCAGGAAUUGUUUUUCGAUCCCAAACCUUACAGGCAUUCUACGCCAAUUUCGAAACAAUCAUCUCGUCUUGUGCCUUGGGAAGCAAAUUAUGAAACUUGCCCAGAAAGAUUGAAGUCAUGCAAGGAGAAGUCGAAACCAGCGACAGUUGAAAAGAGUAAUUCGAGAAGUGGUGAGAUUUCAACCACAGUUGGAAAAAUGUGCAAAAAGCCACAAAAGGGCACAGGCGCCGCAUGUGACGAGAAGAGACACCAGAAACGACUGUCAGCUUACGAGCUUGAGAAUGAGAAACUCAACAAAAGGAAGCAAGAAAAGCGAACAAGAAGCGAAGGCGCUAGAAGCUGCAAGUUGGGAUCUCAAUAUUCCCACACAUACAAACCAGAGACUCCGACUGGAAACAUAGCUCCUGAGCUACUCGAUUUGAGCGAAAAUAAGGAACACCCAAGGUCGUUGUCAUCCACAAUUCAUCGAGUGCGGAGUAUUGUAAGCAAAUGGAAGGAGACUGAGCAGAAUCAGGACAUUCAAUCGAAGCCCUGUGGUCUUCUUCGAAUCACCCCGGCGCAGUCCUUCCAUACCCAACCGCCAUACAAGCCCGGCCUGUGCUGCGCGCCUGCAUUUCAUCCAUACUUAUGGCUUGGGCAGGAGAAUCCACAACAUCAACCAUCGACUUCUUUACAUAUGGCUGUCCUCAAUAGCAACCCUGACUUGAAGGACGUUCCUCACAACCAACCUCUGAAUAAUCCCAUACUCUCUCCUAAAGAGCACACCCUUCAGCGUUUGGCCACCAUUACUCAGGAACUUGGAAAGUAUUUUCCGAUUGAAAAGCCUACUGUCAAGAAAGUCGAAUCGUACAUAGAGGAAAAUGAACCUAGUUCCAUGUGGUCUGCAACAGUUGAAGCUGAGGAGGACGAGUUAGAUGAGCACACCCCAUCACAUGAGUACGGAAACAAGACAAGCCUACCGUACAAAUUCCUGAGAGGCAAAUGUGGUUGAGUGAACGCGCCUUUGUACCUAUCCCGGCCUUGUCACAUGUGGUUGCAAAAUACCCUAAUCCAGAGGUGGCUAUUGGAAAACCGCACAGAGAGAUAGUUAACGUGUGUUUCUGCAUUUGAUACCGCUUCAUCCACUGCUUUCGCAAUUGCCAUCCACCGUUCUUGUUUCAAUGAGUCAUAAGAUAUCAUUUGAAUUUCUCGAUUUGGCCUUAUCUUCUCACAACGCAAAAGCCCUGAAGGACUAGGUAUUGUAUCGUUUUGCCAUGUACUUGCGUAGUCAUCACAAUUUUCUUUUGUAAUUGUCAUUUGCUUAUCCUCAUUACAUAAAAAGCUCUUGCUGCUUACACAUUCAGCAACAAUUCCCACACAGAAAUUCGAUGGCCAGCUUUGUGAGGAAUUGAGAAAGUUUGGAAUAACAUCAAAAACGAAUAGCAUCAGUGAUACCACAUACAAUUCGAUUUCUGUUGCUCUGAGAAAGCAGCAAUCACAGCGUAUGUCUCAUGUCCAUGAUAAUGAGCGAAACCUCAUGGAGUUUGAGAGAGGUGCUACUUUAUGGCAGACUCAACCUGUCCACAGCAACUCCGCUUCAGUCAGAAGCCAUCAAGUCCAUCCCAACGAAUCCAACUACGAGUUCAGUGAAGACGAAGGAGAAGAAGAACAGAACCCUGGAAGAGGCGAACAAAGCUCAGAGAUUAGUGAGUUAAGUGACCAUGGUGAUGGUUUCCAUGAGGCUGAACUGCAUGAUAAAAAUCAAGUUGGGACCCGGUUCAUGUAUCCAAACUCACCAAAAGCUAGCAGCAAGGGCUACACUGAUCUAAUCUCUUCACCUCAGCAACGAACUCACAACGUUUCCAGGCUGUGCUCAUCCACUCCUGCACCAUUGAAUUCAACGAGGACUUCUCGCGAGUGUGAAGACGAAGAAGAAGAUGCAGAAUCACUUGGACUGGGUGAAUGGGAGAGUGGUGACGACUCAUCAGGGACCUAGAGGUAACAUUUUGUUGUGUGAGUGUUUGGUGAACAUAUAGUGUAAUGGAGCAUUCAUGCGUUUACAAAUGUCCAUGUAUAUAUAUAUAUAUAUAUACACACACACACACACACACAGAGCAGGGGUUAUUCGUGUGGAAGGGAUGGGGUAGACAUAGGUUCCAUCAUACAUAGUUGAGAAUUUUAUCUUCAAGGUUUGAACUGCCAACUUCUUUGAUAUUAUUUUGCAUACUUGGGUACAACUUGUCACUUUCUUUUUAAAUUAGGGUCACUCAGUGCCAAUUCAUGCAUUAUUUUCAUAUGGGAGCAUUAUCCCUUCAGGGAUUUUUUUUUUUCUUUGACAAUUUUUGUAACUAAUAUAUAAUAUAAGAACUUUGCUGCUA